GGGGGUGAAGAAUGCUUGGUAUGUGCGGACGACAACAACAUGAAAGGCGGCGAGUGUUCAGCCAAAUUGAUUAUGCGCGUGCAAAUCAAACUCCAUGUCUCUUUGUGUCGCACUUUAAAUUAAACCCAUCUUACCAGACGUUUCGACGCGCUUUCGCGAUAAGAAAUAAAACACUAAUGCGAGUUUUUACGCCGUGGCCACGCAGUUUAUUUGAUGUGAACCACCCUGCAGAGGCGGAGAUGGUUUGGUCUGUAGUAGGUGGGACUGUUGAGCGGUCUGCAGCAGGACGUCGUAGAUCAAUGAACCGGACCGGAGGGUUGGUCCAUCGCUUGGUGUGCAUCUGACUGUAUAGAUGUGUCAGUAUACCUAUGCAGGACCGAGGCUUUGAUACUGUUAAUAACAAGGCUGUUCAUUAUGCGGAUGUUUUAAAGCGUCUGGCUGGUUCCUAGACUCCUCACAGCGCUCGGAUUCCGUCUCUUUAAACUGGCUCAUCGCUGCGAUUUAUUUGGAGGGGGAAAUAAAAUAUCUGUAACCUCCAGGAUGAUCUUUGCAAACACAGGCAACCCGCUGAAAACAGUCAAUCGUAAACAGGUAGGCGAGAAAAACUCAUAUAAAAUGGUGUAUUAUGUUAUUAUUUCUGCCUACUUUUCAUUCUGCUACAUUUGAAUAAACAGGCUUGGAUAUUAGCAGCUACAAAUGACAUUGGGAAGCCCUUUCUUGCUGGUAUAAAUACAGAUCACAUCGUUUUAACCGCAAAACCAGCUCUAUCCUGUUGAAAAUACAUUUUGGUCCUCUUGGUCGACUUAUCUAAGAGGAAGCUGAUGGAGAGAUAAAACCAGCAGCUGACCUGAUCUGUCGCUCCACCACCGAGACUUUAAUUAUUCCGUCCAUAUAACCUUGUUUGCCCAGUCACUCGCCCAUUCUGGUCAAUAUGCAUGCUGGUUAUUGUAGUCCAUUUUAUAGAUUAAAGCAAGAGAGGAGGGUUCAGAGUAAUGUAAUGUGUGUCAGUGUGCUGGAUUGAACUGUGCAUGCCUUCCUGCAUCCUUCAUUUUGACCUCUCAGGUGAACAAAAAGGUAAUUGGAGGCCGUGGCCCUUUGCUUUUCCAUCACACCUUUUGAUUUGGGUGGAAGAUGAGAAUGGAAAGCAGGUACAGAGGUGAGAGGCAGCUGAUAUGAUAACCUCUGGUAAUGGGAAUCUCUGCCCUGUGUCAAGUGGAGAGGAUUGUGCAUUCACUUUUGAGAUUGCAGCACCAGAUAUUUGAUAACGCCGUAUAUUUUAAUCAUAAUCGACUGUAUAUUAAAUCUUGGGAGAGAGAUAUGAAAUCAGCCACAUAGGGAGGCCGUGAAUGAGCUUUCAGUGUGGGUGUAAUACAGCUUUAGUCUGCUCAAAGGUGUGAUGAUGCCUCUGUGAAAUGUACCAACCUAUAGCUGCCCUCUAAUGGAGUAGGCGUGAAAUCUCAGAGGCCUUAUGUGAACCCUUGGUGGUCUCAAAGUCUGCACGGUAAUUGCAUACCUACAAAAAUGUAAGGCCUCUACUUGAACAGGCCUACCAGAUGUUCCUGUUCCUGCCACAGUGAUCAAAUGUAAGAGUAAAAUAGCUGCUGUGAGCAUUAAACCAACCAAGAGUUGAUGUAUAUCUCAUUGAUUCUCUUUGGCAUGGCUGCAUGCAAGGCUCUGGCUCUGAUGGAGUGGAUUGUCCUUUGGUUAUGGACAGAUGGUGUGAUUCUGCCAUGCUUUGUCUUUGAUCUGAUCUAAAGAGGGUUUGGGGUGGCUGGAAGCUAUUUUAAUGAAUGAGUAAGGGGAAGGAAAUGCUUUGCAGGGCAGUAAUGCGGGGUGGUUUGGCUCACAAGUAUGGAGGAAACAGUUUCUGAUAAACACUUCGGCAGGAUGUAGUACAUAGAUUUAUAGACCCAUAUGUGAGAAUAAAUAUAUGUUUUAAUGAUGGGGUUAUACAUUGGAGGAAACAAACAUCGUGUUUAUAAUAUUCAGGUGCUCAAAUGUCCAACCUACAUGACAUUAGAGCCAGAGACUACACCUGAAAUAUGACAAUGUAAUAAAAAUUAAGUGUAAUAGGAGUAUUACUAACAAAUGAUUCAAAGUACAAUUUCUUUAAUGCAGAAAUUCUUAUUGGGAUGCCGAAUUGUUGAUUUAGAUGACAGGUACUAUUGAGGCAUGCUCCUGAGUAAUUCAAUAUCAAAGCCCAGAGUGAUGCAACUCAAUGAUAGUAAUGCAGAUUUGUUUCCAAUAGCUGAUAUACCUCUGAUCUGAUGUAACUCAAUUGUUGUCUGAUCAUGUCUACCUGCACAUACUAUGACAUGUGUGUCAACAUUGCACUGGGCUGCCAUUAUGCUAAAAGAUAGGAGGAGUGAGCUACCACGCCCGCAUAGAGGGAGCUUGAGUGUCUUCUUGUCAUACUUUUCUGUGACAUUUAAUUCACAAGACUAAGAAAUGACCACAUAAUCCUGAUUUUGCCUUUUCUCUUAAAAAUUAUCUCUGUUUCUUUCCCACUGUGAGGCAUUCGGUUUAUUAAAUAAACCCAGGUGUCAGAUGCGACCUCUCAGCGAUGAGUGGAUCUGUUAUUUAACAUAUGGUUUUUAUGUAAAAUUUCAACCUACAGAUGCGAGGGAAGUAAAAUACUUCGACAUGAAGAUGCUCAAAACUGUACUUGCCCCUUAAAAUGCUUCAAACUGAGUUUAAAUAGAUUAUUUAAGUAAAGGUACUUUCAUCACUGGAGCUCUGUGCCGUCUCAGUCCUUGCCUGUUCAGACAUCUUUGUGCAUCGUCAAGCUUAUAAUCUUAGGAAGAGCACUAAUUACAUUUAGUAUAGCAUGUACAUAGAAUAGAAGAGCCAAACUGUGUUUUUGAGUUUUGGUUUCACAUGUAGGAGACUCUUGUGAUCUCUGUUGACCUGGGUUUAAAUUAGAUUAUCCAGCUCCCAUAAACUUCCUAACAGUGGCUUUCCUGUGUGCAGUCAUACCCCAUGACUCCGUCCAGUCCCAGCAGCAGCAGCAACAGCAGCAGCACAGGCCUGGAGCAGCUCAGCAAAACCAACCUGUACAUUCGCGGCCUGCCUCCUGCUACUACAGACCUGGACCUGGUCAAACUCUGUCACCAGUGAGUAUGCAAACAUUUGAACGAAUGCAAAUGUGUGCAAACCAGUAUUUUGCAACCACUUUGCUUAUGUCCUAAAAAAAACUGAGGUAAAUGCUUAAGAUAUUGCGCACCAUUAUCAUAUCAGUCUUGAUCUGAUAAACACAUCCUCUAAGUCUGUAAAGUUGUAGUGAAAUCAUCCCCCCACCCCACCCCAAAAAGUUGCAAUCAAACAAUGUUCCUCUGUGAACCCCUAGCUUAGCUUAGCUUUGCUAGGCAUAAAGACCAGGGACAGGGAAGGUCUCACCUCUAUAAAACCCCCAUAUGUCUUUUUUAACAUCUUUUUUUUUUUGUCAUGUCCAUUGAUAGUAUUGAAAGUGCUUGGCCUAUAACGUUACCUCAAGACAAAGCCGUGCUAGCAGCUCCCUCUGUUCCCAAUCUUUGCGCUAAGCUAAGCUAACCACUAGCUUCAUAUUCAGAGGCUGUGGAAUGGUAUCAAUCCUCUCAUCUAUCCCUUAGUAACAAGACAAAAAGGGUAUUUCCAUGAUUGUUAUUUAUGAUUUGACAUGCUAAAAUGAGAUUUUAACUGGGUGCGGUUUCUCAAUGAAAGCCUGUUUCAUGAAGGUUUUCUCCUGAUAUAUCAAAAAUGUACACAACAAAAGGAAGUACUUCCCACUUGACUUCAGAAAUUUAGAAAAAUCUGACUCAAUAGAGCUGACAGUCUGCAGUUUUCUGGAGAAAACAUCAUUACUGGCAUUAAAAGAAAUGGUUUAUCCAAACUGUACACCAACGCAUAAAAGCUCCAAUCAUCAUUCUUCUAUAAACAGACACACAUGGUAAAGCCAUAGCUCAACUGUGGUAUAUGUAGCAGGCUGGUAAAAGUGAUUGUUUUCUAAGAAGAAAAAAUAACAGUCAUGUGAACCAGCCAAGUGAACAUGUAGGAUACUUGAUACCAUGGCUCAGGUCCGAGUGGUUGGUGGUGGAUACCAUAAUUAGUGGAGUUUUGUCUCCUCUCUUUCCCUCUGAAUCACGAGCAUAUGGAGAGAGGCAUUCACCCAUGUAAGCAGCAGCAGCAGCUGUUUGUGUCCUGUUUGCUUGUGUUUUGUUCAUGUUCCCAAUGGUGUUUGCCAGCACAAAGCAGAAAUGAAAGCGCUUUUCAUAGCAACAAGGUCUGAAUGGAGAUGUAAGCUAGGCAUUCAGUCGGUUUAGUGUGUGCUCUCAGAUGGCAGCUUUUGCCACAGUUCAACUUAAAGUCAGCUUUAAAACAAAACCUGAAACACUAAAAUUGUACUAAAAUUGUUUGAAGAGCGAUAAUGUACAGUAUGAGCCCCUGAAAUCACGAGGUAUCACCAGGCUUCAUUGUCCCUUUUUGCGUUGAUAGUCCUUGUGAAUGUAUAAUAAACUAUCAGGAAACAGAGAUACUGGAAAUUGAGAUUUAUAAUAUUUGUGUAUGCCACUUUUGAAAGUUAUUCAGCAGCACUUUACAUGUUGUUUUUUGCUCAGGUAUGGAAAGAUUCAGUCGGCAAAGGCAAUCCUGGAUAAGACGACCAACAAAUGUAAAGGUCAGUACUGGAGCGUGUCUUCUUUGCACGAUGUAUUAAGUAUGUGACUGUUGUUGUCAGAGGAUGAUCAUAAAGCUGACCACAAAGUGUUUUGAGCUUUCUUAUGAGACUUAGCGUGUUUAAGUUGUAAGAUAUGAGAUCAUAGCAUGUCUUUUAGAUUUCUGAAUGAAUUUCCAUACCUUUCAGCCAGCUCCUGGUUUUCAUUUCAAAAUGCAUGAAAAUCAAUUUGAUGCAACUUGAUGCUUGCUUGGCUUUGGUAAUCCGUCACGUUGAACAUGAAACAGCAUUGCUGUCUGCUUGCCAAGUCUGGGCUGCAUCACAAUGCAACGAUAACAAAACUUUGACAAAAACAAAACCAGAAUAUGAUAGAUUGCACAACUCGGGCAGAUUUAUAGUUUCUACAAACAAACAGACACGAGUGAGGGAUUGGAAGAAAGGAAAACAUUAAAAAAUCACAGAAAGUGGGGUUUGUUUGGGAAAAUGGUGAAAAGGUAUGCACAGUAUGUGUGUUAUGCCAGUUGUGCAUAACCGCCAGUCUCGCUGUUAAAGGGAUAGUUCAACAUUUAAGCUAAAGAGGCUAUGAGGUCACUGACCCUGACAAUACGAUUUGUACCUUUUUUUUCCUCUCUGUUUCAAGAACUAAUGUUAUACUAAGCAAGCUAGCUACUCGAUUCAGCUAGAUAUUGAUUUCACGGUCAUGGGGUUUGUAUCAGUCUUCAAAUUUAACUCUUGUGAUGAGUAAAUUUCCAAAAACACAGCAUAAGUUCUUGCAAUAAUCAUCUGACUCUCAAUAUUGUUUUGCAGGCUUUUAGACCUCAAUGGUGUGUCAUUAUUGAGUAUAAAGGAUAUUUAUUUUAUAAGUGUAAAGGUAUAAAAAUGAUGCCUUAGACAACAAACUAUAAGUAAGAGUGAUGAUAUAACAUUAAAAAAAAGCUGCUUAUCUGAUGAAAUAACAAUGUUUAUACUUCAGGUUACGGCUUUGUGGAUUUUGACAGCCCGGCGGCUGCUUUAAAGGCAGUGCAUGCUCUGAAAACCAGCGGCAUACAGGCCCAGAUGGCCAAGGUGAGUUUGAUGCAGACGUGUGCGCAUGUGUCUGUCUGUCUGUGUGUAUGUGUGUGUGUAGUUGUGUCUUGUGAUCAUGUCUGUGGGCUUGUGCCUGGUGUGUGUUGGAGAAUGACAUUAGACUGGUCACAUGACCUGAGCUGACAAGCUGUUCUUCCCGUGCAUGACCCCAUUUACUUUCACUGUAGAAACCAGAUGUCACGUCUCUGUCUGCCAAAUAACCUGUCAGUCAGAGUGACGCGCUACACACAGGACCACCAGCCCACACACUACCACACCAUCCUGUUGAGGUUGUACUGUGUCGACAGAGCAGAUUUUUAGCAGAAUUAUUACUAUGUCACUGAGUAUUAACAAUUACCGUUCAUGCAUACUGAUGUAAGCCUAACUGCACUGAAGCACUACAGCGACUGAACCACUGCUUUGAGCCAGUCUUGAUCCUCUGUGACUAAUUCAAACUGAAGCACACCCGUUUUUCAUUUUUCAGAAAUAUUUUUAGAUGACAAACACGGCAUUAUGUCUGUGAUUUGUCUCGCAGUGGGCAGAGGAAAUUGUCUGGAUCAUUUAAUUCACUGCAGUCCCCUCCUUUUCCUCUAACCGGCCCGUGUUUCUGCCUUUAAAUUCAUGGGUGAGAGUUCAGUGAUGAAGCGCUGCUCUCCUGAGACCUGCAUGUAGCUGCUCUGUUUGGAACAAACAGUUUGUGUGUUGCGGUAGCUAGGCUACGCUGCUCUCCUGCUGUUUCUAGGGAAGACCGUGGAGGCGCUGAGCUGCUGCACAGCACAGAUCAAGUGUGUCUCAGUGAGUGAGUGAGUGAGUGAGUGUGUAUGUGGGAGAGCUUAUUAAUGUUUGUUUCACCAAAUGCUUUCCUCUGACCCCUAAACAUACUUAAGAAGAUGCUUUAAAUCCUGAUCCUCACAAGAAAAACAGUUUCAGUCUGAAAUGAAUAUUUUAACUUAAGAAAAAGGGCUGCGCUGCAUUCAUCUUUGGUUUGGUGCAAAUUUAGGGAUAAUUUUUAUUCUUCAUUUAUUCACUUUUUGCUUAUUUUGUCUGUUAAAUUUCAGGUAUUUGUAUAUGGUUAUCAUAUGGUUGCUGUUAUGUAAUUUCUAAUGCAAGGAAGCAGUUCUUUUAUUGUGGUUUAUAUAAAGAAAACAAUCGGAAAAGGGAAACAGAAAAAGAUCAUGACUUUGUAGCAUGAAUAAAACGUUCAUGUCUCUGUCAAGCUUUUAAUAUGGGAUCUCAUAAAACACAUAGCUUAAAAUUGAAAAUGAAGGGAGCUGUUUAAAAAAACUAGACAUGUGAAGCAAAUGUUCAUAUUUUAAAGAGUAAUGUGUUAAUCUAAAAAUUAAGCAUGAGACGUUUGACUGACUUAAGUGUUUUGCCUGAUUUAGGAGAAAAGAUCAUUUUUUGUCAUAACGCUCUUUCAAGAGUAUUAUAUAAAGCAUGCAAUCUAACAUAUCACCCAAAUCAAACUUCUUUAUAUCAUCCUCAUGUGCAAAUAGCAACAGGAGCAGGACCCCACAAAUCUGUACAUCUCCAACCUUCCUCUCUCUGUGGAUGAGAAGGAGCUCGAGAACAUGCUGCAGCCCUUCGGUCAGGUCGUCUCCACACGGAUCCUCAGAGACUACAGCGGAAACAGCCGAGGAGUGGGCUUUGCCAGGUCGGUCACUUUUGAUCUAUGAAAAAGAACACUUAGUUUGUCCUCUGCAAAAUCACCUUUUCAGGGGUGGAUAAAUAAUUGUACAGCUCUGACUGUAGGUAAUAAUUAAUCAUUUAUGGGACAAAGACACUUUAUAGCUACUUUCAAGUACAAUCUUUGGCAAAAAGUGUUGACUGUACUUAGUUUAAUGAGCGUUACGUAAUAAUAUUGCGCAAUAAAUCACUGUAGGUUGAGUUCUAAUGAAGUUUAGAGCAGCUUGGAUCACACCCAUGCUCGAGUCUUUACAGUGGGAACUACAGGGUAUAUUGCCUAAUGUUUCUCUGCUGGAACCCACUUUGGAUGUCGUUGUAGAGAGUGAAAUUAAAAGAGUGAAUUAAAAUGUUGAUGUGAAACUCUUCAGAGAUGGGCGUAAAGAGUUGACAAAGUUUGUGCCACCUCUCACAGUAUCACAUGUACAAAAAUGUCUGUGCUAUUUGAUAAUGAGUCUACUGUGUUUUUCUCUUUGUCUCUCUCUCAGGAUGGACACAACAGAGCAGUGUAAUGCCGUCAUCUCCCACUUCAACGGGAAAUUUAUUAAGAUAGCAUCUGGAACUCUGGGUAGGAAAGGAAUUGACCUCUCUGUACACUUUCCCUCCAGUGAUUGAUUGUUGAGUGACUCUUAAAUGUUUUUUAUGUGUGUUUUGCCCCCAGCUCCCUCUCAGCCCUUGCUGUGUAAGUUUGCAGACAGUCAGAGGAAGAAACAUGCUCAUAGUGGAUUUGUUCCAAACGGACAGACAGGAGAUCUCAGACUAGUAUGUAUCUGCCUGGUGUUUUAUGUUGUAAUGAUUUGGCCCCUCUGUGUUAUAUGAUGAUGUUUUUUCACCAUGUGUUGCUAUGUCCUUGCAAGACAUUAUAAAUACAUACAGAAUCAGAGGUUUUAACGCAGGUGUUUAAAUCCCAUAAGUGGAAAAGUACGAUUCAGAAAAUAGUGAAAAGGUUUGCACAAUAGGCGUGUUCUGCCAGUUAUACAUACAUACCAGUCUGUACUUUGAGGGGAUAGUUCAACAUUUUAUGCUCAAGAGUCUAUAAAGGCACUGCCCCAGCCAAACAAUAGUCCUUUUAGUGAUGUAACUUAUGAUUUAAUACCCUUUGUAUCCCUCUGUUACAAGAACUGAUGCAAUGCUAAGUUAGCCAGCGACUGGAUUCAGCGUAGAAAAAUUAAAAAAGAUUCUCAAUCAAAGACUGGAGUAAUAAACUGAUUUGAACUGUUUUAUUUUUAUUUGCUGAAUAUUUCUGGAUCAGUUAGAAACAGCACUAAGAUGCUUUUCCAUGUUAUUUUCUUUUUAGGGUGCAAUGACUCUAACCUAUGACCCCUCCACAGCUGCUUUACAGAAUGGGUAAGUUUACUUUCAGUUUGUAUAUCUCUGAACUUGAGUCAUGACUCUUACGCUUUGUUUAAAACCUUGGCUAUUUCCUAGGUACUACCCUUCCCCGUAUCCAGUGAGCAACAGGAUAAUGACUGUGCAGCCUGCCAUGUCUCCUUACAUGUCUCCAGUCUCUGCUUACCAGGUACUGCAAAACAUCCUGAAUGCAAACCACAUCCAAGAGCCUGAACUGAAUCAUAUCAGCCCCUCCUUCAGUGUUGCAUUUGAGGUUAUAGGUGUGUUUCUUUAUGUGUGUGGGUGCUACAAGUGCUACAGCUUUAGGAAAAGUUAUUGAAGUUGCCUGUAGUCAUCUCACACUUCAGCAUCUUCAUGCGACUGCGGAUGUUUUUUAAUCUCAGUGUUUAUGGGGUUUGGUCAGUUUGAAACCGCACAAUACCACUCUAAACUUAGUGGAUCCAAUGAGCCAAGUAGGGCGAAUAUCCCUCCUCUUCUCAGCAAAUGCAGUCAUCCUCUCUGAGUAAUACUUCCUCUGAACUGAGUUUUUGUUCCCUGCCUUAUUGUUUACUCAUACAGUAGAACUCAUUACUCUACUAAAAUGAAUUAAUGAUCUCUGAGUACUUCCAACCACUGAUAAGAUCCAUCACAUGAGAUUAAUUUGAACACGGGGGGAUGAAUCAGGGAAGUCUUGAUGUGACACACAAGUGAGGUUUGGAAUCCUUUAAUGCCAGACAUGCUUCAAAUGAAUCUGCAACAUGUUGGAUUUUCAGGCCUGCGUGGUCUAAGUUUAACUUCAGGACUUUAUAGUGCUGUGAACUCUUACAGCAUAGGAUUUACUGUCUUUGUUGGAGUUUGUGAAGCUUACCCAAGGACCACAACAAAAGUUAUGCUUCAGCUUAUUUUACUCAUUAAAAUGUUGCGGUGACUGUCAGCUGCAUCGAUCCCUUCCCAAGGCCUUCGCUUUAAAGUGUAAAGUUGGCCAAUUUUGCUGUGAGUGUUCGAUGGAAGUGUCUACAAAGUCGUGGUUAAAAGGUUGGCAAAGUGUGGUGAUAGAAAACGCUACAGAGGGGAGUUUUAGGACCUGAAAGAGAGAGGGUUGGGAGGACUGAUUGGCACGGGUGAUAAAGUCAGACCAAAACCUUUGACUCUUAAAAGAAUGAGAAAAAAUACAACAUACAGGGCAACGACAGCUUAGCAGUCCUACAUGGAGAGACUUUAGUCCUUAACAGAGCGGUCGCUGGUUAAAUAUUCUGCCAAGGUCCUUUGCUGCAUAUCUCCUUCCACUCUCUACUCCCAGAUUUCUUAGUGCUGUGGAAAGAGAGAAGGUCCCCAAAAAGCUUGAAUAUUUUUUGGCUUUCAUGGCUUACCCGGAUCUUUAAUAAGGAUAAGUUUCAAAAAGACUUGAGUGUUCACAGCUCAAAUAUAAUGAAUAAUCUAGACCAAUAAAAUCCCAGAAUUCCUCAUUUACAACAUUUUGUACCAGGAAAGUUAGUUUGUGGUAUAAAUCUUUCAUACAUGACACAUCACAAACUUUGUCUUUUCAAAUUUCUCUUGUUUUGUCUGAUCUGUUUUUAGGUCCAGAGUCACUCUUGGGUGGCACAUCAACCAUAUAUCAUGCAACACCCGGUAAGAGAGCUACAGUGUUUUCUUUUUUUCUUUUUUUUUCAUCCUCUCAUUCACCACCUCCUGGCACAGGAAAUGGGUGUGUGGCGUCUCUAAAGCUCUGAGCUCACAGGAACUCUGAGUGUUGUGCUCUGCUGACACAAUCAAACCAACAGAACUUCCCCAAAUGUCAGGGACGCACAGUGCUGAGGCGACUUCUGGGAAAAGGCCUCUGUGUAUUUAGAUCUUGUAAGUGUGCGCAUGUGCGCUCGAGUUGUUUGAAAGAGAAAUGGAACAACUAAAAAGACUUUCAGUCACCGCCCCCCCCUCUCUCUGUGUGGAUCCAGCAGGAAAUGCCUGAAGCAGAGACAGUCUUGUGACUCUUUGACUCUUCCAACAGAUGGUUUCCAGUGGAACAAGUGUCUCUGCUGAUCUGCCCCCUCCCCCACUUUUUACUAGGAAAUGGUCUAUUCCCUGAGGGCAUCAUGUUUAAAGGAAUAUGCCCCAUCUGAAAACUGACUAAAGCUGGCAACAUAUUUCGAUCACUCAGUGUUACUCACAGGCAAAGAUUACUUUAUGUUUACCACAAAGUAAUGAAUUGUCUCAGAAUUAAGGCUGUAAAUAUGCUAGUGUAAACUUGUCAAACCUCACAGCCACUAAAUAUCCCCUCUUUCUCAACUAACCUGCCAAGUCUGUCCAACUUCCAUAUAAUGACUCACACAUACUCUAACAAUAACCCAUCCUGCAACUUCAUUGAGCCUUUUGAGUUUCGUGUACUGCCUAUUUUUGCGUCUAGAAUCAUGUGAUGUGAAGUAAAACAGACUCAUCUACCUUCUACUACAGGCUGCUGUAAUGUCUCCCUCUGUGGAUCCCUCCAUGUCACUGCACCCCACAGCCAUGAUUACUCAGCAGAUGGGUCAGCUGUCUCUGGGAAACAGUGGAGCGGUGAGAGGAAUUCUGGGAAAUCAUGCAUCACACUUGACAUAAAUGUUCAAAUUAAACCUGUGCAGUAUUAUUAAAUCAAUUACACUCACAAGUGUCAUGAAUGUAGUUUGACAAUGGGCGGACAUGUGAUCAGAAGAGCUAUUACAGGACUUAUUCUCAAUAUCCCUGGAUUAACAUAAACAUUAAUAUAGAUUAUAGGGACAAAAAAUGGUUUUGCUAUGCACAAAUUGUUGCUGAUAAAGGAUAGCUGAAGUGUAUAUUUUUGCAAUAAAAAUUGCAUUUUGAAAUUCAAUGUGAAGCAGAGCUCAGCUAAAAACCAAAUCUCUUUGGUCUCUUGGUCACAAAAUUGCUGUUACCUUUAAAAAGGAGCAGAUUCACUGGUCUACUCGGAAAAAGAAGGCCAUUUUCACGAUUUAGUACUCUUCAAAUGAUUAUUAUUCUUUGAAAUGAUUUAUAAUAUAAGAGGUUACAUUUUUCGGGUCUUUGUCAAGCAGAUAAGCAUCUUUGUUUGCAAAGAAGUGCAAAAUGUCUCAGGUGUGCUGGGCACUGAUAUGCACACGACCUAAUUCUGGAGCCACUUCUUGAUGCUCCUGUGGCAAAUUACCCGAGCCAAUGAUUUCAAGGUUCACAUUUUAAUGCAAUGUUGACAAAAUUUUCCAUGUCGGAUGCCCAAAAACUAUGACAACCCCCUCCCCUCAUACUACAUAUUGUCUACUUUCAUGUUUUGGUCAAAUUAAUUACAUUUACUUUGGGGGUGUUAGUAGUGUUGAGUUUACAGGGCCACAUAAAGUGAGGCAGCACGUUGUAGGGAUGGUUAGAAGUUUAAUGUUUUGUUUCUUUUAUUGCAGUAUAUUUCAGCUAACCCUGGUGUCCAAGGAGCGUACAUGCCUCAGUAUCCUCCCAUGCAAGCAGCAGCUGUAAGUUUCUUGUAACUCGAUCACAUUUACCUUUCGCCUAAUGUCCAUGAAACACUGAUGUAUCUUAAAACAAUAAUUGCUCUGGAAAAUGAUAACAGACUGUGACAGUCCAAUCCUCUUUAAGCUUGGAGUGCUUUCUAAAGUGUUUGUUCUUGAAAAACGAUAAUUAUCUCUGCAGUGUAAACACAGUGAACGUAGUCAUUACAACGCUCUAAAUGAGAGAUGUGAUUUUGCUUUCCAGGAAAAUGGCACGCCGCAGCAAGUGGAUUCUUCCAACAACUCGUCUCCUUACAGUCAGCUCAGCAAGUAGUCACAGGUAUGCUUCAGUUUCUCAAACCAGUGAUGUGAUGUAAAGACAAAAGUUGUUUAUUUGAGCAACAAAACAGCCACAGUAAUUAAGGUUCAAGUACCAAAGAAGUCAUCUGUGAGUGGUUUGAGUCGUUGCUUCUAUGUGGGUUAAUAAAUGGGUCACUAUUAGAUCAGUUAAAAGCUGUUAGUUUGUGAACAUGUUAAGUAGUUAGAUUUAUUCAUUGAACCUUGACAGAAGGUUAUUUAUCAAAAAAAGGGAACUAAAAUCAUUUAUCAGGCGUCUGAGAUCUUUUAACUAUCGUCUACAGAUUCAUAAGAAAGCAAUACGCAAUGAGAACUGUUUCGUAAUGAUUGGCUAAUCCGGUUUGCCAAGAAUAUUAAAGUUAAAAUCAGAUGUACAGUUUGUAAUUCUCAUUGACUUUACUCUAAAGCUCCCGUGAGGAACUUCUAGAUUGUCUCAAUUUUGGCGCCCCCUGUGGACAAACUAGUCUUUACUUCUCUUGUUCUUCAUGUGUUAAAGUGGUGUCUAAGGUUUAUCAUUUGUGCUGUCUCUGUCUUUGUUUGUCAGGCCUUUUACUGCCCUGUGAGCCCGAGGGUAGGUGGGAAACUGCUGAUGACAUCGCCAUGACGACAUCACCGCCUUCUCUGAUCGGACCAGAUUCAUUGACUUUUUUGCACAGCCCUGACGUUUGUGGUGGAAAAUGUGGACAGUGUAAAUGGACUCAAGCAGUUGGCUAAUCACAGAAAAACAAAAGAAAAGCAAGAUUUAUUUUGAUAAGAAACCACACCCUUUUCUUUUUCCUUUUUUUUUUUUCAAGGAUUCCCAAACAAAUGCCAGAAAGGACCCCCCUACCUCUGUCUUCACCACCAAAACCCUCCCCCCACCCCCCCAAGUAUGAUGUGAUAUUAAAAUGCAUGAGAUUGAACCCCCUCCCUACACACACACACACACACACACACACACACACACACACAAACACACACACACACAGUUUCUUUGACUUAUUGCUCCUUAAUUUGUGAUGUAUGAUAACCUUGCAAAACCUUGUUUGCACUGAAGUUUCAAGUUUCAAAACUAGCUUCAUUUUGGUUUUUCAAAGUUGCCACAGAAAUAGCUUGAAAAAAUCAAUUCAUGUUAAACUGCACUCACACAGACGACACACGUGACCAUUUCAUUAGGAAUUAAUGAAUUUAUCAAUGGAAAAAGGUGCCUUCCUUCUGUCACAUCCAACAUUCUCCAACAUAUUUUCAUUGAACUUGAUCAGGUGUCACAUUUCUAACUGGUUGAUCAAAUGUGUGAGUGAAAUCCUGAGAUUUCCAUUAAGUGUUUCGCUAUCUUAGUCUUCUGUUAGCAAUAAAGACAAUGAGAGUCCCACGGCAAUACUAAAAAAAUGAACGGUGACAAACUCAAAGCAAGGUAAUUCCUUAUUUUCACCUUUUUUCCUUUUUUUUAAAACUUCAAGUGUGAUGUUGGAAAAAAAAGAGCCGUACUUUUAUGAAAUACAAGUUUUACACCUAAUGGACAUCUUUUAGGAGUUUUUUUUUUCUCUUGUGGUCGGUUUGACCAGUGAUCUACCUCAUGGUUCUGCUAAAGUCUGCUGGUGUUUGUUGUGGGGUUUGCAGGUAAAGCCCCUUUUCACCACAGUGGACGAAGCAGGACAAAAAAAAAGCCACGCUCAGGAGCUGGCCAAAUAGGACUUCUGCCAUUUGUCUCCUACAUGCAGCGUUUCUCUUUCUGAUCUGCAAAGAAACAUUGUACUCUGCUUUACCUUUAUCUGUUAUUGCUUCUGUUCUGGUGUUUAUUUUCCUCCACACGAUGAGUGUUGUUCAGUUGUUAGGCUCAACUUUAGAAAUUCAAACGUUUAGCUUCUCCUUGAAAUAGUUGGUUUAUAAUGUGUUUGAAACAAAUGAAUGCAGGCUACAUGUGUUUAUUUGGUGCAUUCUUCUGCCUUUGCCAUUCUAGACAAAUCUUAGAUGACUCAACACUUUUCCUUCCUCUUUCUUUUUUUGCCCUCAGACUAAAAGUCACUAUGGUGGGUUACUGCUUCUGUAAAGCUCUCCACAAAUAGUGCAAGAAUUUGGUUGUACAGUGGCUUUAUGUUGGGAUCAGAUGAAAUAAACCAAGUUUCAAAUCUUAAGUCAUGCAAUAUUAAUGCAACAAUCAUCUAUGAAGUACUUCAAAGUCUGUAGUAUUUCAUCAAAGUUGGAAGGAAGCUGAAGCUUAUGGCUGACAGCACAGGCUUCGAUGUCUCGCUGUUCAGAAUAAGAUUUGUAAAUUAUAGAAAUUUAGGGCCAAAAGUGAAAAAUACGUGAGUUUUAUUGUUUGAUUUGCAAUUUUGUCAUUAAUUUGAUGAUUCCGGAUGUAAGAACUGAUAAUGGUAUAAGCUGUAUGGUUGCAGUGCUUCCCUGAUUAACAGUACUGUAACUGUAAAUACUCAGUAAGGGAAAAAUACAAGCUGUAACCGGGCUUAACUGCUAGUACAGUCCCAUUUUGAACAUUUUCUGCUGGAAAAAUAGAAAAUAACAAAAAAAAAAGAAAAACUAGAAAAAAUCUUGUACAUGUUAUCCUCAUUGCUCUCCCUUCACCUUCAACUUGAUUCUGAAACAAUCUUCUCUUCACUCUCUCUCUCUCUCCUUUAAAAACAUUGGAAUAAAAACAGUGCUGAAUAAAAAGGCUCUUCUUUUUCUCAUA